UUUGGUCACGUGCUCAAGGCAGAACGUUUUGUUUUGUUCUUGUACAUACUCCUAUUGUAAAUUCUAAAUUUUUUACUCCUCAUAGUCUUUCCUUAUACUGUAAUAGCACAACAGAAACCAGUUUGUUCAUCAUGUCUGGAACUGCAUUAAUCUACGAUGAGGAAAUGACUGGGUACAAACUUCUCUGGACUGACCCAGUUUGUAAGAUCGAGGUUCCUGAGCGUUUAACAGUCAGUUAUGAUGCGCUGAAGUCCAUUGGUUUGGACAGGAGAUGUGUUUGUGUUCCCACUCGUCAAGCCACUGAUGAGGAAAUCCUACUAGUUCACAGUAAAGAAUAUCUUGAAGCUGUGAAACAAACCCCUCACAUGAGCUUGGAGGAUCUUCUCACCUUCACUCAGCAGUUUGGUGAUGUUUAUUUUCAUCCCAAUAUCUACCACUGUGCUACGCUGGCGGUUGGUGCUGCACUGCAGCUGGUGGAUAACAUUAUGGCAGGGAAAGUGAGGAACGGGAUGGCUCUUGUAAGGCCCCCUGGUCAUCACAGCCAGCGGAGUGAAGCCAGUGGUUUCUGUGUGUUCAAUAACGUGGCCAUAGCUGCCCUCUAUGCCAAGAAACACUACAACCUCAACAGGGUGUUGAUUGUGGAUUGGGAUAUUCACCAUGGACAGGGAGUGCAGUACUGCUUUGAAGAGGAUUCCAGUGUACUGUAUUUCUCAUGGCAUCGCUAUGAGCACCAGAGUUUCUGGCCAAACCUUGCUGAUUCUGACUAUGACCGUGUGGGAAAGGGCAAAGGAUCUGGUUUUAACAUUAACCUGCCCUGGAAUAAGGUGGGAAUGACCAAUAGUGACUACCUCGCAGCUUUUUUCCAUGUUCUCCUGCCCAUCGCAUAUGAGUUUGAUCCUGAGCUGGUGUUUGUCUGUGCAGGGUUUGAUUCUGCCAUCGGAGAUCCAGAGGGUGACAUGUGUGCUUCUCCAGAGAUUUUUGGCCAUCUUACCCACCUGUUGAUGUCUCUGGCUGAAGGCAGGUUGUGUGUUGUCUUGGAGGGAGGAUAUAACUUGACGUCUCUCGCUCAGUCAGUUUGCCAAACCGUACAAACUUUGCUUGGAGAUCCCACACCGGCGCUGAAUGUUGGUCCGCCGUGUCUCAGUGCUCUGGAGUCUAUUCAUAACGUCCGAGCUGCUCACCAGGGGUACUGGGGCUAUCUCAAACACAUCGUGUCCUCCGUCUCGGAGCCGAGCACCAAGCGCUGCAGAGUGGAGGAGACAAUCGAGCAUCUCGUCUGGCCUGAACCCUUACCUAGAGAUGCUCCUCCUGUGCACACGGCUGCACUGAUCUCUAAAGGCUUGGAGGACUCGCUCCCACAGGCUUGUCACCUCCUGGGUCAAAUAUCACCAAAGUAUAUAGAGGAGGCUAAGAAAAUCAGGAAGAAACAUUUUCAGGACGUGACUGAUGAGACGUCCUUGCAGUGUAUACAGGAUGUUGUCUCACUUUUGGAGAAAAUCAAGAACAACGAGGUGCGGAAUGGCUUGAUCACGGUGCCUGAUGUGUUUCUAUCUCUGAAAUGUGCUGUGGAACAUGCCAAAAACUCACCGGCUGAGCGGAUUCUGGUGCUGUUUGUGGGGGAUGGUGACGUUCCAGUGGACACUACAGAUGGAACAGUGCUUUUAGUACAGAUCUGCAGAAAAGAGCCUGAAGGAGUGAAGUCGCUCUAUCGUGUGCCUGUGUGCCUCAACAAGGAUGUGUUCUCCAGUGCGAGUGUCAUGGCCGCAGUGUUGGGUCUGCUUCUGCCCCUAGCGUAUGAGUUUAAUCCAGGCCUGGUGCUGCAGGUGGUGGCAGAGGGAAGUGGAGGGUUGGAGGUGUGUGUGUGGGCACAGCUCACCAGCCUGCUGCAGGGAGUAGCACAGGGCAAAACUCUCGCACUGCUCAAGGGCUGUGACAGAGACAUGGUGAGGGCUACAGGAGCCUCUCUUUCUGGGGCUGCUGCUCCAUCGCUCAGGUCUCUGGAUCCUCCUCUGCCUGAGGAUGUGGAGGUUAUAGAGGCACAAAGGAAGAGACUACAGCAGCGAUGGGGUCUACUGUUGAACACUGUUUCAGGAAGUGGGACAGAGAGUCAGGACAGAUGAAAACUUCUACUGCUGCUGUUUGUGACCUUUACCUUUAUCAUUUCUAUAAGUAAACAAUAGAAGUUACUUCGUUAAUGAUGUGUGACAGUUUUUGUAUUUUCUGCUGAGUGUUAUGGGUGUGAACAGACUUUAAAUGUGAUGUGUAUGUUGUUGUUAGACUGGGUGUUAUUAGACAUUAGAACAGGCUUUUAAGAGUGAACAGGCUUUUAAGAGUGAUGUGUAUGUUGUUAUUAAACAAUUAUAUGUAUAGAUUUAACACAUGAUGAAAAAGUUUGUCCUGAUUCAUUAAGAACAAAUGUUUGACAUAAAACCACUGGCACUGUGAACAAUUAAUUCAUUAAAUUUACUGCUUUUAA